AUGAUAUCAACUGCGAGCACGCUUCGCCUGCUGCCGUGUGCAGAAGAGCACAUUCCCCGCAUUCGAGCAAUCCUCGAGCACUAUGUCCUCAACACCGUCAUCACCUUUUCGCUUGUCCCGCCUACCGAGGAAGACGUGUUCCAAAACUGGAAGGCGGUGCUCGACCAGCGUCUGCCAUUCAUCGUCGCCGUGGGUGAUGAAGACCAAGUCCUUGGCUUUACCUACGCGACCGGGUUCAGGAGUGCGCGCAAGGGCUAUCGCCAUACCGUCGAGCUCUCGCUGUUCUGCCACCCAGACCACACAGCCAAAGGCAUCGGCCGCCGCCUUCUGACCACAUUGAUUGAUGUUCUACGGAGCCCAGAGAAGUUCCCCGAGUACGUCGAUAAGCCCCGGAGCGAUGACGACAAGGUCAGAAUGGUGCUGGCAUGCAUGGCCGUUGACGAGUCGGGCUGGGAGAACGGCCUAGGACUGAGAGACUUCUACGUGAGCCAUGGGUUCGAAGAGGUCGGCCAUCUGAAGAGGGUCGGCCACAAGUUCGAUACAUGGAUUGAUACUCGCUAUCUGCAGCUUUGUCUCUGGUAG